AUGUCCACGAGCAGCCAGGCCGUGUCUACCUCCAAAGAAGUCACGUCCACCUUCCAGGAAGCUACCAGCAGUGCUCCCGCUCCAAGCCCGACUGGCCUCUCGUUCGUCCCUAGGCUGGGCGACUUCGCGCUAAAGGGCUACCAAUCGAGCCCAUUGCGAUGCGCGCCUGCUCCGUGUCGAGCUCGUCGAGGUGGGGACGUACUAGGGGCUCAUGUGCGGCAUGAGACAGCCGUUGCGGCCGAGGUGCUUCGCCUAGAUCCAGUCGCCGCACCCGCCGGUGUCCGUGCCGGCACCGCUGAUCGCCCAGCUGCGAAGAGGUCGCUCUUGACGCUUGCCAAGGUCCUGUUGAUGCCGCCGCCGGUUGGGCCGCUGCCAUUGGCCGUGGACCCGGCUAAGGUCCCUGUCCUUCCCCUUGUUAUCGAGUUCGUCCGCGCGAACGGCAUCCGGAGCACGUGGUGGUCAUGCAGACGAUCGGGUGGUAUCCGCAGCCCCAGGGAAUUGAUCGCGCGGACACUGAGCAAGCCGCGUUAA